UGCUGUGAGGAAGCGGCGGCGGCCCCGGCCCAGCCCCGAGCCCGAGGAAGCCCCGGCGCGUCCCCCCCGCAGCCAUGGCAGGGCUGGUGGUGAGCGGAGCACAAGUGUCCUAUAUUAGUCAAGACUGUGAAGAAAUUCCAGAAUUCCUAGGAAGAAAAUAUGGACAUAUGGCAAAAAGGCUAGAUCUUAGCUUCAACUUGUUAAGGUCACUAGAAGGACUGAAAACAUUCAGUUACUUGGAAGAGCUGAUCUUGGACAACAAUCUACUCGGAAAUGACCUUCUGUUACCCAAGUUACCCCACCUCCAUACCUUAACGCUCAACAAGAACCAAAUAACCGAGUUAGAAAGACUUUUGGACCAUUUGGCUGAAGUUGUGCCCUCACUACAGUAUCUCAGUUUGCUUGGAAACAUGGCGUGCCCAAAUGAACUGGUCUGCAAAGAGAAGGAUGAAGAUGACUACCAGAGAUACAGGUAUUUUGUCCUGCACAAAUUGACAAACCUGAAAUUUCUUGAUGCUCGGAAAGUAACCAGGAGGGAGAGAGAGGAAGCCUUAAUAAGAGGUGCCUUCAUGAAAGUGGUUAAGCCCAAGGAUGCUAAGGCUUCCAGUGAUGCUGUUUCUACCUCUCCAGAGAUGCACUAUACACCGCUGCCUUCAGGAUCUAGAGACCUCACCAAUCACAGAGGUAUUUUGGGAAAAUGCCGCUACAUUUACUAUGGAAAACAUUCCGAGGGCAACAGAUUCAUCCGAGAUGACCAGCUAUAAAACACAGCAUUGUUUUGUGCCUCUCUAGUAGAGAAAGAGAAGAAGAAAGAUUAGAGAAAGAGAAGAAGAUAAAAGAAAGAGAAGAAAGAGAAAACACAAAUUGCAUCUCAAUUUCAAGCAUGUAACUAAAGUCCUCUAGUGCCUUCUGCUGACUUUGCCAAGCCUGUCAAGAUCAUCCUUCUAUCUUAGUCUGAGUAGUCACAUAGAGAUUGACAUGAUUGCCUUUAAGCAGGUCCCAUCCACCAGUGUGACAGACAGCUGCAGUGGAGCACCCAGCCUGACAGGAGGAGUACCGUGAUGGAUUGCCUGGUCCAAUUGCUGCUUGCAGAAGAGCAGGGGUCACACCUGGUGCUUCAGUGAGCAUGCUCCAUUGGUUGGUGCCUUAGCAAAAGCAGUACAUUUUAUCUCCAGCUUGCCUGUUGAGUGAAAGUGGCUGGUGAUAUCAAAGUGUUUAUAAAAGAGAGGCUAUAAUUUCAGAUGAAAAAGCCCUUAUCAGUUCUUUCAUUUUUUUUUUCCUGUGAAUUAAGUGCUUGUGUUUCUAUCAUCUCAUACACGCUUAGACAAAUCCUCUCACUGUGUUUUUUUGGUUUGGUGUUCCUCUACCCUUCCACCCCUAGGUGAGCCUAGAUAGAUUAUUUUUAUUUCCAACAUGAAAAAAAAAUCUUGAAAAUAUUUUGUCCAUGCAAAGUACUAUCAAUUUGUAUAAUUGUUUUUAUGCAAAGGAAACUGAUUUAAGCCAUUUCACAAACAAAAUUUGCUAAUUCUUUAAUUGCAUCUCAACAUUUACCAAGUCUGACCUUCAGAAAAGCAAUCAUUUUUUCAAUGCUGCAGAUUAGUGACACAGCUUAACUGUACAUACUUGAAAGAAGCCCUCAGUUGUGAUACCGACAGUGUGUAUUAUUCCUGGUUUAUUGCAUAAGAUAACUUUAAUUUGUACAGCAACAGCAUUUAGAAUUCAAUGCUUAAAUUUGGAAACAAAAAAGUGCUUAAAAGGAAUGAUAUAAAAUAAAAUUGUCACCAAAUAGAUAUGAUUAUUCAGAGGAGAAAAAGUCAGUAAAAAUAACUGGUUGAAUUAACAUGAUUAACAGCUUUAUUAAUAUGUUACAGAGACAAGUUAUUAACCCAUUUUGAUAUCUAUGUAAGGCUAUUGUCAAUGUUUUGGUGGAAAAAAAAAAAGGCAUAUUUCCUGCUUUUCUGAUGAACAUGUUGGACAUAUUUAGAAUCAUGAACUUGUUAAUGUAUAAAAAAAAAUCCCAGUACUUCUUGUAUAUCUUGUGUUAAGUGCCACAAUGUGAUUAGCCAACGAAUAUGCAAAAAUUCUGACCUUUGAACUGUUCCAAACCUGUGCAUAUUGGCUCUCAACUGAGAGACAUCAAUGUCUGCUGUUCUUGUCUUCUUUGAAGUUAUUUGGUGGUCUUUAUUCACUUACCUCAUUGAAAAAAAUGUCAGGGUUUAGAAGCUGCCUACUUUGGGGGCUAUUGAGCUAGUGUUGCAGGUGGAAGAGAAUUAGAUAUUGAAGCCAAUCAUUACAUCAGGUUUGAUUGUUGAAAAAGAAUGAAACACUGGCGGAGUGACAAAGGAAAGCUUGCUGCUGCUGAACAUUCCAGGCCUUACUCAGUAAAUGUAAGCCUUCACUCACACUGAAAGUCUAUAAUAAAUCUUUAACAGAUACUUAAAAUCAGCAAUGAGUGUAGAAGGAUCUAGUUCACACCACGUAUUGUUCAAAUUGAGCUCUGAGCUGUUUGCCAUACAAAUUGGUGUCUGGGAAGCACAUUUUGUCCACUUUUAAUGCCUCUGCUAUUGUUAUAACUGGCUAGAAAUGAAAUGCCAAUUCACAUUAGAAGUCCUAGGAGAUAUUAGAUAAAGGGAAGCUACAUGCAUCUCUUUAAUCAAAAAUAUUAUUAGAAAUAUUUGGGGCACUUGUCACUUGGUCACCAAAAUAACAGCAAUCCUAGUUUGUUCCUAUCAUACUGUGUAUUUUGAAGCCCCCACACACGUUGGCCGUGGCAUAUUACAGGCAGCAGGGUUCUGAAUAGGGGUGUUCAAAAUAAUCUGAUGUCACUUUCAGUCUGGUUGCAUAUGUGUUCUUGUCUUUACAGAAGGCUUUAACCCUGCCUCAAACAAUAAACAGCACUUGCAAACUGA